CCAUAUAACACCAGCCCAGGGCAAAGCCAGAUCUGCCUCUGUGCUACGGCCCAUCCAGGUCACCAACAGUAACAAAACUACUGCUGCUAAAGCUACAGCUGGGGUUAAAGUCACCAGCCCUCCUACUGCACAGCGGUCUCCUCCAGGCCAGGGGGCUGUGAGGAGGGACUCCAGCCCAGGGAGAGGCCUCUCCAGCGGGUUGACUGGCCUCUCUAAGAACCAGCUCAGACUGGUCGGUCUCUCUAAGAUCCAGCUGAGAAUGAUGGAGAUGGAAGAUGCCACCUUCUACCAAGGACACGAUAGAACACACAUCACUACUGAGAGGGUGGAGAGAGCCCUGAUGGCACUGCUCACUGCGCAGGGUCUCCCUAAGAGCCGUGCCCCCCAGGCCAGUCCAGUGGACAGUCCAGAGUGUGGUUCUGACUUCUGCAGGCUGGGGUGUGUGUGUUCCAGCUUGGCCCGGGUGUCCAGGGGUCCGCUCCACUGUUACAGGCCUGACUGUAUGCUGGGCUGCUCCUGCUUUAAACGCAGGAUCACCAAACAGACCACAGCAGCAGAGAAUGGCCAGCACCAGACACUGCCUGUUUACACUGUGUCUAACUUGGAGCAUGAGGUUCAGCCCAAUCGAGGCAUCCGUGUCUCAACUCUGUGGGACUGCACCUCAAGGGUGGACCCCGAACCACUCUUCAGCCCGAAACCUGCCCCAAACAUACCCACCAAGCCUCUAACCAGGAUCUACAACCCUGGUCCAAAGCGCUACGUACCUCGUCUCACCCCCGAGCUGCGAGAGGAGGACAAGGACCCAGUCUACAAGUACUUUGAGAGCAUGAUGACGUGCGCCCGUGUCAGAGAGUUUAACAGUAAACCGCCACCCCAGGUGCUGCCGCCACAGGUCCACCUCUUUAAGGACAAUAAUAGUUCCAUCAUCCCCAGCAGCAGAAAGAAAAUGAUCGCUGCCAUCCUCUCACCUCCAAAUAAACCAGUAGUACGAGUGAAAAGUCCCUCCACCCAGGCCAAGAAGCCUAAAGUUCCUGAGCCCACUAGGCAGCUGGAGAUCCAGUCAGAGUGUAACUGGGACCAGCACCGGAAACUGGUCCUGGGUGUUCUGUGCCGACGCAUGACCCAGAACCGUCUGUCCGAACCCUUCAACAUUGGCCCCUACCACGUCCGCCUCCUCUCAAACACACACAAACGCAAGGCUGAGAGCACCAUCAUCAUAUUCAAGGUCUGCAUCAGUAAGGCUGAAGACGGUGAUACCGAUGAUAGUGAUGAAUCUGAUAGUGAAGUAACAGACAACAGUAGUGACGACAGUGAUGAAGAUGAGGAUGAAGAGGGCAUCCCUAAGCCUGAGGAGCCGGAGAUGCAGGUUGGAGUGACUCCCUUCCUGACAGGAGUAGUGCCAGCAGGCAGACUGAAAGCCAGGAAGAAACAACCAACCUGCCCUGCUGUAGGACUAAUCCAGGUGAACGGUAAAUCCUACUCCCAGGCCAGAUUGCUGCUGGGGCAGAUGGGAGCUCUGCACCCGGCCAAUCGGCUGGCUGCGUUCGUCACCGGCAGGUUGCGCUCUGUAGCCAAGGCCCCUCAGAAGGCCCCUCAAAAGCCUCUAAACUGCUUCCCCAGGGCGAAGAAAACAUCUGUGGGUGCUGGGCACUUGAAGACCGCAGUCACUACUGUUGCUCCUCAAGGCAGUAGUAGCGUUACAGCUAUGGCUAAGAAAGGAGCUUUGGCCCAGAAAGUAUUCCAGACACCAGCAGGGAAGAACAGGCCUCCUCCGUACAGACCACCAUGGUCCCUAGGUGUCACCAAAUCUAAAGGCAAAACUUCCACCAGUCAAAGCACCACAAACCCUAAAGACCCAGUCGGCUCUCCCCUGCUCCUGGUACCCAUGGCCCCUCCUGCCGCAGGCACCUCCCAAGGCUCGCCCCCCUGUAUCGCCCCCUGCUGGAAAGAUGCUACUACAGACAGUCUCCUCCUCCCAGGGCUGUAAAAUGUAUCGUCAGCCCAACGGACAGUUGAUCAAGCUGGUACCUCUGAAUCGUAUGCGUCACAUAAAGGCCAAGAAUCAAGACAAGCUCACUCGUUUUGCUACCAAGCCGUCCACUCCCAAGACAUUCCCACCUCCCCCCCCUCUCACCUCCAUCCACCCCCCUCGCAGCCCCCCUCCCCACGCUCCCCUCAUCAAAUUCAUCAUGGGCCAGUUGGGUGCCAUCACCCCAUCCCAG